UUCUAGUCUCGCGAGAUCUCUUGGUUUCCGUUUCCGUGACCCGAGGUUGCUAAGGACCGCUUUCAGUUGCCAAGAGAGGCCUAGUUAGGCCUAGUUUAAGACGCAAUGGCGGAGAGCCGGUUGGAGAAGUUGGGAACAAUCUUUACCCGGGUGCAGAACUUGCUCCGGUCUGGAGCAAUUCGUGAAUCCCAGAAACCUAUCUGGUAUGAUGUUUACGCUGCUUUCCCUCCCUUGCGGGAGCCCACUUAUCGCAAUAUUCGCCCGUUGGUGGGAAAGAUAAAAGAUACAGUGCCCCCCAUUCUAUACCCGGAGGAUCAGAUCCGAGCGAAAUUUUAUGAAGUCUAUGGAGCUGGUUCAGGUAUAUUUGAACUGGCAAGAUCAAAUUAUAAAUCUCCCUGUCAAAGGUUCGUUGAGAAAUACAAUGAAUUGAAGAACAAGGAGGGAGAAAUGGACGAAGACCUAUUAUUUGCAGAAACAGGGAAAGCGCUUUUGGCAGAGGGCCUGGUUUUAUCAAGAAAGGGCAAAAAAUUCUUUUACUCUCUUGAUGAUAUCCUACACUUCUGCUUGUUCUCUAAUGAGGUUGCUCCAAGGCCUCCAUCAACCAUGCCUGUAUUAGAGCUUCAAGGCCUAUUGCAGGACAAGGAGGACGGCACAGAAAAUCCGGAGCCAAAAACAGAGCCCAGCGAAAAGCCAAUGGAAGAACCCUUUCCCUCCUAAAAACUAUGUGAUUCUGUUUAAACCAGUUUUUAUUGACGGCAUGACCCUUUGAUAGAAAGACUCUUCCUAAAGUUCUGGUUUUCUCCUUGUUAGGAAUGCUUGAACGGACUGCAGAAAAAUCACAAGAACUUUCUUAGGGCAAGUCAUGUUCCCCAAAGUGUACAUUUCAACAAACAGUGGAUUUGAUUAUUAAAAUCAUUCUCUGGAAACA